AUGGCGAAGAAGACUCUCGACCCUGAAUCAGCGACCACUCAGGUCAACAUUGCUGAUUUCCAACGCACUCGCGAUUCGGUCAUCGUUGCCCUUGCGACCCUCCAAUCCUCGGUUCAAGAUCUAUCUCGAGCCUACAUCCAACAUGCGAACACCGUCCUUACCCCCGGCAAACAUGGUCUUAACCCCAUCGAUGCCAACCUUACCAGCAUCUUGACCGACUCUGGCCUCCUGGCCGGAAGACCAGCUGAGGCUGCGGCCCCGGCCCCAGAACCGGAGACCGACGGCAAGAAGAAGCGCAAGCGAACACCCCAUGAUCCGAAUGCGCCCAAGCGUGCUCUCACCCCCUACUUCCUGUACAUGCAGAGUGCUCGUGCGACCAUUGCGAAAGAGUUGGGUGAUCAGGCCAAGCCAAAGGAGGUUGCCGACGAGGGUACUCGCAGAUGGACUGAAAUGACCCCUGCCGAGAAGAGUGUAUGGGAUGACAAGUACCAGAAGAACCUGGCCGCCUAUCGUGUUAAGAUGGCAGCAUACAAGGCCGGACAGCCUGUUCCUAGUGAUGAGGAGGCGACGCGUCUUGUUGACAUGGGCAAGGCCCCAGAACACCUUACCGGUGUCGAUGCCGAUGGGGAGACUGAAGAGGAACCAGUCGCUGCCGAGACGUCCCCAGAGCCAUCCCCGGAGCCAGUCAAGGAACCCAGCCCACCAAAGUCCAAACGUCGCAAGACCAAGGAUGCCACUCCCAGCAAGCCGACUCCCGCAAAGCCCGAGGCGAAAUCGCCGGAGAAGAAGGCCAAGAAGAGUAAGAAGGAGGCCCCGGCGGCGCCAGCCUCGUCCGCUAAGAGCGAGAAGACGAGAAAGGCCAAGAGAUAA